GCACAUAAUGAGUAUGCUUACAGACUUAAGGCAGUUGAAUGCUAUUCUAGUUUGGCAUACCAUUAGGCAAAGUAAUUCAUAUUGAAAUUAUUGGUUGACUCAUUGCAUUGAUGCUUGACCCAGAAGUCAUGAGAUGAAAGUUUUGGGAAUAGAAGAGAAUGCCAUUCCAAUACCAUUUGGAUCCAGGGGAGAGGAGGACUCUUACAAAAACCCUCAACUGGAUUCCCAUCUUGUGUUGGGUGUCAUGUGCCUUAUUUGCUUGGAGCUGUCAACAAGUUUAUGGACAUCAGGAGCUCCCAGAUCAUCUGAGUGAUGGCUCACUCAAUGAUUUGGAAGACCGCUCUUCAUCAUGUCCAGCUGGUUGUCACUGUGAUGAUAACUUGUUUAAGGUUGACUGUGAGGGAGCAGGCUUGGAAGUCGUGCCCAACAUGCUCCAUCCCGAGAUCCGUCACCUGAAUCUGCGUAACAACAAAAUCAAGCAGAUCCCAGAUGUAUUUGGUGCAUAUAAGUCCUUGGAAACAUUGAUCCUGGCCAAGAAUCAAAUUUCAGCCGUGUCUGCCUCCAUCUUUCAGAGCCUCAUACGACUUGGAACAUUAGAUCUCUCUGACAACAACAUUGCUAGUAUUGAGGAAGAUGCCUUUCGUGGCUUAGCAAAGCUGUCUACACUGAACCUUUCCUUCAACCGGUUGGACAACCUCCCUGUUGACCUGUUCUCCCGUGUUCCAUCUCUGGUGACGCUGGAACUGGAGGGGAAUCAGCUAAGAACCCUCAGUGAGCACUUUCAGAACAUAUCCAACUUAAGGAGCCUGAACCUAGCACGGAAUCACCUCGAUGGCCGCAGCCUUAUGGUACUGACAGGAACACCACGCCUUCUCAAGCUCUGCCUUGCCCACAACAAGCUGGGGGGCUUCUCCUCUGAGAGGCUGCUCUUUCAGGGACUGGAGGAGCUGGAUCUCAGUGAUUGUUCGCUGAGUCGUCUGGACCUCAAGGUCUUCCAAGGUAUGAAGAACCUUAAGAAGCUGAGCCUGUCAGGGAAUUCCCUGAAGACAGUGCCAAGUGGAACAUUUAAACCUCUGGAGAACCUGGUGGAACUACACUUGGAUGAAACUCCCCUUACGGAAAUUAAAGGGGAGGCAUUUGCCCCACUGAAACGCCUGGAGGUGCUGGACCUGGCCAAGUGCAGGGAACUCAAACACAUUCACCCCCACGCACUCCUCGGCCUUCUCAAUCUCCGUAUGCUCAACCUCACCUUCACGCAUGAUCUCAAGGUGUUGGAAGAUGAGAGCCUCACUGGAGCAUUGACUCUGCGGGAGCUACAUCUCCGGGGUUCAGGAUUGACACACCUGGGCCGUCAUGCAGUUGCCUGGCGUGACCUCCAUGUCCUUGACCUGCAUGGUUGCCCCCUGAAUUGUGACUGUGACAUCCUCUGGCUCCAGAGACUCCCUCUGCAUCACAAUGCAUCCUGUCACACCCCAGCAAAGUUUCAUGACACCCUCGUGUCUGACCUAAAACUCCAGGGAUGUGUGGAGGAACCAUCACCCAGUUCCAAUCUGGCCUUGAUUCUGGGCCUGAUUGCUGGGAUUGGGUCUGCUGUGGCAGGGAUUGUGGCCAUCAUCGUGUGGCUUCUCCGCCGCCGGCGCCUUGAGAAGAGGCCACCUCCUACUGGUGCUAGCAAUCGAGGCUCAGUGGUGAGUGAUCGCUAUUCUGCCAUUAUGUAUCAUCCAACUCAGUUCAGCAAUGGGGGGAGGACAUUGUACAUCCCUCCUUCUUCAGAUCCUUCCAAACCGGUGCCCAUCACCGAAUUGUGAUACAAUGCCACUUCCUGUCACUUCCAUUACCUGUUACUAGUCCGCUCAAUAGGCCCAAAGCCUAAGCAUUUCAGUAUUUCCUUGUACUGCCUUCUUGUCUGAAGUGAUAUGCAUUAACACUUCUGUCUUCAUUCUUCUGCUCAAGACUGCUCCAGUCGUGCCAAUUCAAAAGAAGCAGCUGACUUAGAUUUGUAAUGUAACCUGCAUGUUUGCAUGAGCUUUGAUUUGGGGAUCUCUGUUAGUUUUUUUUAAGUUUUUUAUUGUCAUGAAAGACCAAAUUCAAGGAUAAAGGCCUGGAUUGUUCAAUGAAAAAAAAAAGACUAUCCUGGCAGCUUGUGAUGACCUGCAAAAUGUGUGCCAAUUUGCCAGUUUGAUCUUAGAUGAUACUUCAGGGAGAGUUGAGAGGCUUGCAUUCCAAUGUUCCAUAUGGUGAACAUCCUUUUUUGAGAAUGUUGUUGACUGCUUUUUUUUCCUAUAGCUUGGGAACUCAUUGCAUCAUUUUUGUUUUCCAGUAUAAUCUGCUCUUCAUGCAUCAGAUUAGUCUCAAGAUGCCUGGUUAUUAUACAGUUGCUUCAUCGUGUUCUAAUGGGACUCUAUGAAUUCCCAGGAUUAUUUCCACCAAGUUUUAUUUUUAAUUUUUAACUAAGGUUGCAUCAUAGAACUUGUUUUCUUUUGAUAUUCUUUUUGAACUUGUAUCCAUUUACAAGGAGGUUCCUUCGAUCAUCUCCUUCCUCUUUCAAGCAAUUUAUGAUAGGUAUGCAUGAAAUCCUUGAAAGGAUUCAGUACACCCUUUUGUUGGUUUGUCUCCUCUAUUUGGAUUUCUCAUCAUGUGAUCACAUUGCCAAAAAUGUCACUAUACAAUGCUUGACUCCGCCCUCAUGAGACAUUUCUUUCAGUGUUUUGUAAUAUUGAGAUAUAUUUUUGUGGUCCCAUGAACUGAUGUCUGUUUUGUCCUCUGGAGAUGAUUUCCUACAAAUUUGCAGAAGAAAGGCAAACUUACAGCCCAUCCCUUUUGUUGUCACUCUCAAAAAUUAUACAUAUGAGACCUGCCAGACCUGCAUUCUUUUGACUUAUUUCCUUUCAAG